AUGAUAACAAAAACAACAAUGGCAUCGUCGAAUAAAUCAACACAGUUUCGGUUUAAAAGUUACAGCAAUUGGCCAUCACAACAAUUUGAAUCAUUUGAUAAAAAUUUAAAUAAUGAUUUGAUAUUACCAGUAAAACAUUUAUCAUCUUCACAGCAACCAUCAGGGUCAUUUGAAAUAGAUUUAGAUCAAGAGUCUAUUUCAUUUUCUAAAAAGACUUUUGCUUCUAAACGCAGUGUUUUCUCAACUCCAGUAUCUGUCUCAUUCAUUAAAAAUAGUUCGAUGAUACCAGCACAGGAAAACAUACCUGUUGGUGGUCUGGAAAAAUUAUAUGAAACAAAUGAUAUGAUAACUGAGCGAAAAUCUGUUGUAACUGAAACUAAUCGACAAAUAAAACCAAGACGUCGUUCACCUCCUCCUCCUCCUCCACCAUCACCAAAAAUUAGCUCAACUAAAAUUUCAAUCGGUCGCACAAACAAACCAUCAGUAUCCACGACUGUUACCAAUGUUACAAUAAAUACACAUAAACAAGAUACAUCAUUCAAGACCAUAACAACUGAGUCAACAACGGUCACGAAAACUACCAAGUAUUCAUCGAGAACAGACACAAAAAAGUCAGAUGUUUCAGUAAAAUCGAGUAAUCAACAAAUAUUAUCGAAUGUGGAACGGAAAGAUGAGAAAAAUGAUACCUGUGCACCUAAAAAAUCAUUAUUAUCGACUUAUUCUAAAAAAAUAUCGUUGGAUAAUGGAACUGAAAAACAAUUAUCGAAGAAUAAUAGCAACAAAGAACAAACGAUUCAACCAGUGUUAACAGCGCAUUCUUCAAUUGCAGAUAUAGAUAGUAAAGAAGUAGCAAGGUCGUUCUCAAAGGCACUUGACUUUUUUCAGAAACAAGAGGAACAACAGCAACUAGCAGAUCGUUUGUCAUCUUUCAAACAAAUCGAACGCAAUUCGUACGAACGUUCUUCCUCAUCAUCUCCAUAUUCAUCUAAACCAAAAAUUAGUUCAUUGGCAGACAUCUCAUUAAAAAAUAAUCAUGAGAACAAUAAUAAUAAUUAUACUACCGUUGAUAAUACAUCUUUAAAGUGCUCAAAAUAUAAUCGAAAUUUAUCAGAUUCAUCAUUCUCGGAUGAAGAAGAAGAUUCUGAACAGAAAUGCAUUGACUCGUCUGCAACAUCUUCCAGUGAAAUGACGGAUAAACUGUACAAAUGUAUUGAAGAAUUAUGGAAAACAGAAAAAACCUAUGUUCAUAUUUUAAACGUUUUAUCAUCUGAACUACCAUUUGAAGUGAAUAAAUUGUGCGGUACCGAUGAUGCGAUAGUCAACCAGUUCAAUUCGACAUAUAAACCCUUACUGGGAGCGUUACAAGCUAUUUAUAAACUUCAUUGUGAUACUUUAUUACCAAAACUAACACCGUACGUUCAUAAUUGGGAAACAUUACGGGGAAAUACGAGCCGUAAUGUAUGGUCUAUCUUUCAUGAUAAUUCUCAGUUUAUCUCGGUAUUGUACAAAGAUUAUUAUGUACGUAUUAGUGAAUCACAAACGAAACUAGAUGAUUUAUGUAAAUUACAUUCAUGUUUGAACGAUGCCAUGUUAAAAGUACAAACAUUUAUGGGAAAUUUAUAUCCGAUGAGUCAACUGAAUUGUCCGAAUCAACGAUUAUUACGAUAUAUAUUAUGCAUGAAAACAUAUAUGAAAUAUUUGGAUAAACAAUCAAAAGAAUAUCAAUUAACAAAAUCGAUCCAUGAUGAAUUAGAUCGUACUGCGUGUGAUUGUCAAGAAGCUCUCACUGUGUCAUCCAUUGUAUUGAAUGAUUUAAAUGAUCGUUUAGAUAAUAAAUUUGAAUGUUAUAAAGAUCAACGAAAGUUAUUAUGGUGUGGUUAUCUAAAAAAACAAUCACCUAGAACAAAUCGUGACAUUGCUCAACGUUAUGUUAUCUUAUUUUCUGAUUGUAUGCUUGUCUGUAAUGAGUUAUCAUCGAAAAAACUGGAAAUAAAAAAAGAAUUAUCCAUAAAAAAUAUGACAGUGGAUGAGGUUCAUUCAACAGACAGCAAUAAUAGUAAUACAUCGUUGAACAUGACUGUAUCAGCAUCCUUAUCUUCAUUAACGGAAUUACAACAACAGCAACAACAGCAAAAAUGUCGAUUUCGUAUUAAUGCCAUUGAAAAAGCGUAUGAAUUUAUAGCUGAUGAUGAAAAAGAUAAGCAAAUAUGGAUCAAAAAAAUUGAACAGGCUAUCGACGAGUAUAGUAAACGAGUUACCCAUAUUAUUCCAAGAAAACCUUAUUCGACCGAAACAAUGUCUACUUCUUCUACUUUGCUUGGUUUUCGGGCACCGAUUUGGGUGAAUGAUGUGGAUGUUUCUCGAUGUCAAAUAUGUAAUACAAAAUUUCCACAAAUUAAUAUUGUACGAAUUAGUUUGUCAAAUAAACAUCAUUGUCGUGCAUGUGGAAAAGCCGUUUGUUCAUCGUGUUCGUCUAAAAAAUGUUUACUCGAUUAUAAUAAAGCUAUGGGCGAAAGUCGUGUAUGUGAUGCUUGUUAUAAUGAACUUACAGCAGUAACAAAACAGUCGCCAAUCAUAACAUCGUCACCACGACCUCGUGUGCAAUUAGUGAAUGUUACACGUGAUCCGGAUCAAACA